AGAAAUAGUUCAACUUUUAACUUAACGUUGAAUGAUUAUUUGAUAAUCAUUUGAUUAAAUGAUUAUUUUCAUUUUAAAAAUGGUAAAUAUAACCUAUAUUCACAAUUUAAUAAUUUUCUUAAUACUGUAUAUUAUUAUUUAAUGCAAAUUUAUUAUUUAAAGUUAGGCAUAACUUUUUUUUUAAGCAUAAUAAUAUAUACUGUAACAUUAUAUUAGUAUAUAAUGAGAUUAUAAGAUUAAACAUCAUUAUGUUAACAUACAUAUCAUAUGUUAUACUAUUACAUAUUUGUAAUCUUUUAGGAAUUUCUCAUUUCUCGUUAGUUUACAAACAAAUCUGUUUGAUAAGUUAUUUCCUCAUAUUCUGUUUUUCCCUGUCGUACAUCAUUAUGUUUUAUUGCAAAUUGUUAGAUAUUAUGUUAAGACGCAUUAUUAACAGGGCAAGUAUUUAAUUAUUAUAUGUUUGAAUGAAAAAAUUAAGUGUUAAGACUUGCAAAUAUUCAUCAUGAUUUCAUGAUUUAAUUUUGUUUUUGUAUGUAAAUAAUACAUAUAAACAAAUUCAAAUACAAACUUUUUUAAAUAUAAAAUAAAAUAUACAAAUUUUAAAAAAAUUAUAUAUACGCAAUUAUAUAAAAUAAUUUUAUAUAAUUACAUUAUAUUUCUUUUGAUAUUUCUUAUAUUUACUGUACCAUUAUUAUUUUUAUUUUUAAUUGUUCUAAUAGUAAAAUAAAAAGAAAGAAGAAAAAACAUAUUUUAUUCAUCUCUAAAUCUCAUUUAUCAAUUAAUGGUAUGUUGUGUUACUUCGGGGGAAUGGGAAAAAAAACAUUAUCAAAUCGAAACAUAAUUAUUAAAUACAGAUAUUUACUUAGCAGAUAAUGAUAUAUCAGUUUUAUCUACAGUGAAAUUUAAUUUUUCUUAAAUUAUUAGAUGUCUUUUGGGAUGUUGAAUAAUUAUAAAUUAGAAGAUAAAAAAAAAAGCAAAGAAAGAUAUUGUGUGUGUGUAUAGGAUUGAUGUAAUUUGUAUGUUAUAACAAGAAAUUAACUGUGUUGUAAAAAAACGAACUUAUAAUUAACAAACAAUUAUUAUAAAGUACAUAUACAAGUGUAUUAUAAUCUUUAAAUAAAUUGUUAAAUUUUUAAAUUUUUGCCUUUAGUUGUGCGAUCAUUCAUCAGAAAUCUUCGUGUUUUAGACAUUUUGUAAUAGUUGUUGCAAUGUUAAUUUUCAUUGAGAAUUAGUUGAAAUAAGUCAAAUAUAAGCGGAAAUAUUUAAAAUUUUUGCAACACGAUAAAGAAAAAAAGUUUAAAAGGUCUUGAUAAAAGUGUAGAGUGGACUGGCCGCUAAGAAAUGCUAUAUAUGCGCUAUAGACGCAUGUAUUCGAAGAAAGUACGUCGAUAGUGAACUACUUUCAAAGUAAUAUUGCUACGCACAGUAAUAUUACAAAAUCUGUUAUUAUUAAUUCUCAUCUAAAUUAUACAGCGAUUUAAAAUACUGAUUUUGCAUUGUGAUGUAGUGAAGCAUUUCCAAUUAGAUAAUUAUAGAGUGGAGUUGUACAGAGUGAAAUUAUAAAGUUAAAUCAUCGGAAAUAUUUCAAUUAAAGUGACAACGCAAGGAAGUAUCUAAAUCUACUACAUCCUUUCUAAAAUAAGGUCUCGAUUUAAAAUUUUUUUAAUUAUUUAAAGCAGCUGUUAAAUUAAAAUAGCUCAAUAUAAUAACUUAAAUAAGUUUUUAUUUAACAAGAAUCAUUUUUUAAAAAAUAAGUAUCCUGUAAGAUCGUGUAAUGAAAUUAUAUUUGUUCGAAACUUACGUAAUUGGUCAAAGAAUAACUUUAUAUUAUUACAUAAACUAACAGUCUUUAAAUAUUUUGAACAUUACAAACUAUUUGAAUUGAUUUUAAUAAUAAUUUAACAAAAUGAGUACACUUGAAAAUUACGCGCGUACAUAUAAUGCAUAUCAAUGAUACCGCCUUGAGAAGUUUUAGGUUAGAGAUUAUAACUAGAUGAAAUUUUUUACCGGAUGCGUUGGUUAAUAAAUAUAAGAGAUUUGAAAAAUUUCAAAUGAUCUUGUAUAUUUCAUGUAUCAUCAUAUCGUAUUUGAUUUAAGAAACAAUUUGUUAUGAUUGCGAAUUGGCUGAAUUUAAAUCGUUGCGGUUUUCGAUUGGUUGAAAACCUAAUCAGUCGCAUGCAGUAUAUAAAAGAUCGUGUGAAUCAAGGAUAUGUAGCAGAAGUCUUCCAAGAUUCAAAUUUUAACGUGUAUUUUUCAACCACUUGUUGCACAUCGAAGCCCGUGAUAAACAAGCGAUUAGUGAGGAGUAAUAAUCAGAGUUUUAAAGUCUUAUUGUGUUACACCAUGCUUGAGGUUAUCAGUAAUAACUCUUUGAACUUUAUCAGAAUAAUAAAUAGAAUAGUAAAGAGACGUUUUGCAAUGUCCCCCGCAGACUUAGGAAAUAAACAACACAUGCUUGAAACAAUUUAUAAAAAUGUCUGGGAGACAGACCCGGAACUCUUUAAAUUAAUGAAAAAGGAAAAAAGGAGGCAAGAAUCUGGUCUUGAAAUGAUUGCUAGUGAAAAUUUUACAUCUCUUAGCGUUCUUCAAUGCUUGGGUUCUUGUCUUCAUAAUAAAUAUAGUGAAGGUCUUCCAGGUCAAAGAUAUUAUGGAGGAAAUGAAUACAUCGAUGAAAUUGAACUGUUAGCACAAAAACGUGCUUUGGAAGCAUUUGAUCUAAAUUCUGAAGAAUGGGGCUGCAAUGUACAACCAUAUUCAGGAAGUCCAGCUAAUUUUGCUGUCUAUACAGGUUUAAUUGAGCCUCAUGGCCGUAUAAUGGGUUUGGACCUUCCUGAUGGAGGACAUCUUACACAUGGGUUUUUUACUGCAACUAAAAAAGUUUCUGCGACAUCAAUAUUUUUUGAAUCAAUGCCAUACAAAGUUGAUCUUGAUACUGGUUUAAUUGAUUAUGAUAAAUUAGCUGAGGAAGCAAGUGUAUCUUGUUAUAGUAGAUGUUUAGACUACAAGCGAUUUAGGCAAAUAGCAGAUGAAAAUAAUGCUUAUUUGUUUAGUGAUAUGGCUCAUGUAUCAGGAUUAGUUGCAGCUAAAUUAAUUCCUAGCCCAUUUGAAUAUAGCGAUGUUGUGUCUACUACAACUCACAAGACUUUAAGAGGACCUCGUGCUGGUGUUAUAUUCUUUCGUAAAGGAGUUAGAAAAAUUGGGAAAGAUAGUAAAAAAAUUAUGUAUGAUAUAGAAGAUAAAAUUAAUCAAGCUGUAUUUCCGGGACUACAAGGUGGACCUCACAAUCAUGCAAUCGCAGGCAUAGCUACAGCAAUGAAACAAGUUAAAUCACUAGAAUUUCUUCAAUAUCAGAAACAAAUUGUAGCUAAUGCAAAGAGAUUAUGUUCAAAACUUCAGGAGCAUGGUUAUAAAAUCAGUACAGAUGGAACUGAUGUUCAUAUGUUACUUAUAGAUUUACGAAAUAAAGGCAUUACAGGAGCUAAAGCAGAGAAGAUUUUGGAGAGUAUUUCCAUAGCUUGCAAUAAAAAUACAGUGCCUGGUGAUAAAAGUGCAUUAAAUUGCAGUGGUAUUAGACUUGGUACGCCUGCAUUAACCACUCGUGGUUUAGUUGAAAAAGAUAUUGAUAAAGUUGUCGAUUUUAUACAUAGAGGUCUAUUACUUGGUAAGGAAGUGUCUAACAUUUCCGGUCCUAAGCUUGUCGACUAUAAAAGAAUAUUAAGUAUUGAUGCCAAUAUAAAAGCAAAAGUUACAGCUUUAAGAGAAGAAGUUGAAACAUUUUCUAGGCAAUUUUCUAUUCCUGGUUUUGAAGAAUAUUAAUAAUAUUAAUCCAUCAUGAUAUAAUUUUCUGUAUUGCAUUUUUCUAUAAAUUUUGUAAGAAAAGAAAAAAAAUGUUCAGAGAAAUUAUGUUUUGUAAUAAUUCAUAAAGAACAUAAACAUAAGCAUAUAUGAAUUUUGUGUGAAAUAUGUAUUUAUAUACAUGUAUAAUAUUUUUACAGAUAAAAAUUAUUUAAAAAAUUGAUACAUUAAGAAAUUAAAUACACGAAAAUUUUUAAUUAUACAUUUAAAAAAUAUUAGAUUAUGUGAAUUACAAUAUUGUUUUACUUAUACAUACAAUAUAUUUCACGUUAUUUUCAUUAAUUUUUAAUAACUUUGUACAUUUAUUAUUGCAACUAAAUAUAGACAUAAAUUCACUUGUAAAAUGAAGUUUAGUCGUAUAAAUUACCAUUCAAAUUAAAAAAAUUUGAAAAUAUAUUUUUACGUUUAUACAAACACACAUGUUUAAACUUUUUUCCUUAUAGUAUUACAUAAAAAAGAUUUAUUAUUUAUAAUUUAUUCGUAUUUUUAUUUAAAAUUCUAAUUUUCUUGCUAUAUCAAUUAUCAGCAUUGAAAUAUUUGCAUCAUUAUUAUUCGUUGCUUACCAAUUUUGAAUAAAAAUUAAUAAUAAAAAUUAAUUCUUUAUUUUUCAAUUAUAUAGUGAUAUUAUUUUCGUGCUUUUUUGUUUAAAAUUGUGUAUUUCUAUUUAACAAUCAAGGUUUAUUCACGCAUUGGUAAUUAAUAUUUUAUUGGAAUUAUUAUAUAAAUUAUUAUAUAAAUUAUUUGCAUUACUAUCAAUCAAUAUUAUUUUUUUUA